AUGUAUUCGUUGGAACUGGAUAAACUGAAAGUCGAGCUAAAAACAUGGGAACACAAAUUUAUUGAUACGCAUAACAGAGAACCAACGAGAGAUGACAUCAAGGGUCUGCGCGAUGUUAAACAUAUGUAUAAGCAAUAUUCCAUACUAAAGAAGAAAAACGGAUUGCAACAACAGCGGGAACCUCUUGCUCAAGAAUCUGCUAAAAUGGUGGUUCAUAUUAAAGAUCAAGACGAAAUUAUGGAGAUAGGGCCUACACCCCAAGUUUAUGGCAAGGCAAUCAGUAUCUUUGAAAUGAACCUGUCACCUAUCAAGCCUGUUUACAUGACCACUGCAAAUAAUUUUGGUGCCGGUGACGACUCUAAAACGAUAUCCAAUGAAUCUUCCCCACAAAGGACCAUUUCACAGGAAUCUUCGCCGGCAAAUCGAACUCUAGUAUCAGAGUCAAUAUCGAAUGUCAAGCGCCAGUUGAACUUCCAAAUGUUGAAAGCACCAUCUUCGCAUACUCCAAUUUCAUCCCCAUGUAAGAAAGCAGAGCCAUCAUUGGAAGCUGAAAAGCCCGACUCUGUAUUCACGAUGGCUAAACCCGUGUUAAAACCAAGCAACCCAUCGAGAUAUUAUGGCCCUAACUCGCCACUAAAAUUAGAAGAAGAAAACAUUCAUCUAAAUAUUUCAUUAGAAUCGAACACUAGACGCCGGCUUCAAAUGGCAUUCCCAUCUUUACAAAAAACUCCCUCCAAGGACAAUCAUGCAGGCGUUUCAACUUCAUUCAGUCCAUCUCCUUUGAUUAGGAGACCCCUAACGAAAUCUUUGAUAGAAUUGGCCAAGGAGCAUCAUGAAAUCGUUAAAGAAUUCAGCAUCCUUCAAGAAGAGGAUGAAGAGGAUGAAGAUGGUGGUAAUGAUAAUGACGGCGAUGAAGAAGGCGAUGAGAACGACGACAGCCUUGAAAGCGGGUUAGUUAGACCAACGGUGGUGAAGGAUAUAUUCCAAGAGGAUGACAACGAAGAUAACAAAUCAAAGGAGGGCGCCUUCAUUAGGAAAAGACCUAAAAGAAGAAAGAUCAUCAAGAGAUUACAAGACGGGGAUCCAGAAACUGAAAACUCUACUGUCAGGAGGGACGUUCAUAAGGAGUUGAUGAGACUGAAAAAAAGGAAGGUGGCAGAAUUUUUGGGCUCCACCUCAGAACUACCUGACACUGAAUCCGAAGAUGACGAUGAAGCAGCCAAUAGCAGCGUGAAGCCUCAACAAAAACCUGCUGCUAAACGCAAGGGCAGAAAGAAGUACAACCUAGUGAGUAAUAACUUCAGAAGGCUCAAACUACCAAAGAAAAACCGUUUCCCAAACAGGCGUUGGGGGAGAAGGUGA